AUGGCGGGAAUCUCCUCAGCACCGCCCAGCGAAGAGCUCUUUGUGACCGGGUUGCCCAUGGAUUGCACCGCCGAACUUUCCAAGCAGAUCUUCAGCCAGUACGGUUCCGUCAAGGAGACCUCCGUCCUCCCCGUCUCCCCGGGCAAGCAAGCGGCGGCCGGAUUCGUUGUGAUGAACAGCGUGGAGGAUGCCAGGUGGAUUGUGGAACACGUGAACGGCAAUGUCCCGCAGGGCCUUGCGAAUCCGGUGACCGUUGUCUUCGCAACCCCGAAGUCCAUGCGCCCAGGAGGUGGUGGCAAGAGCGGCAUGAAGGGCAUGAUGAAGGGCAUGGCAGGAAAGGGCAUGCCCCCUGAGAUGAUGCAGAUGAUGUCGAUGUUCAUGAGCGCCAUGGGUGGCGGCGGUGGAAGUUGGGGAGGCAAAGGUGGCGGCGGUGGCUGGGGUGGCGGUGGCAAAGGAGGUGCCAGGCCCCCCACCGGCAGCGUGAUUCGAAUGCAGGGAUUGCCCUUCUCAUGCUCAAAUGACGAGAUCAACCAGUUCUUUGCAGGCUACGGGCUUACAGGGCGGAUGCAUCUGCAGUCUGAUGCUGGCGGCCGCCCUACAGGCAUCGGAUUCGUGGAGUUCGUCUCUUCGGAAGAGGCAAAGCGGGCCUACAACGACAAGAACUACCAGACAAUCGGCACACGCUACAUUGAGCUUAUGGAAGCUUAUGAGAAGGACGUCGAGAUGUACCUCAACGGUGGUGCGGCCCUGAUGAAUGGCGGGGUCAAGGGCGGAUACUAA